AUGGCGGAAGAUUCAAACCCCAGCUCAAAGAAACAAAUAAAGGCUCAUGUGCCUAAUGCUAAGAUCGAAUACGAUAACAAGUAUAAUGGGUAUGGAUAUUCUAUUCAAGCAUGGUUAUUCGAUUGUGUAUUGUUCUUGUUGAACAUUGUUUUCACCAUAUUCUUUCGAGAAAUUAAAGUUCGUGGUGGUCACAACGUCCCACCCAUCGGAACAGCGACAAUGUUGGUGUGUGCCCCUCAUGCAAAUCAAUUCAUCGACCCUUCUCUAGUGAUGGUAACCACUAGGAAACUUGCCAAAGAAUCUAGAAAUAGAUCUAGACAGGUUUGCUUUGUAACUGCAGAAUCUAGUCUCAAGAAGAAAUUCGUGUCUCUCUUUGGUAUAUGUACAGGCGCUAUCCCAGUGCCAAGGGCCCAGGACAACUUGAAACCAGUUGAUUCUGAUGUUAAGAUAUACUGUCCGGAUUUAGAAAAUAAUGCUACUAUGGUGAAGGGCCGUUUGGACUCUGGAGGUUCUCCAAAAUUUACCAAGAGAUUCACAGCCAAAUCUCUAAUUGGUUUGCCCAACUAUCUCGGGAAUGCCCAAAUUGCAGAGGUUAAGGAUGAUGAAACGAUUAUACUUAAGGCUCCGUUCAAGUUUAAGACCAACGAAAAGAUUAGAUCAUUAUUGACCGAGGGAACAACUUUUAAAUACGCUCCACACAUCGACAACUCCAAAGUUUUUCAAAACGUUUUUGGCCAUUUACAUACGAAAGGUACUGUUGGGAUCUUUCCAGAGGGUGGGUCCCACGAUAGACCUUCAUUGUUACCGAUUAAGGCUGGUGUCGCUAUUAUGGCUCUCGGUGCCACGGCAGCAGAUCCAAGCAUGAAAGUUCAUGUUGUACCAUGUGGGCUGCACUACUUUCACAGGGACAAAUUCAGAUCAAGAGCCGUCUUGGAGUAUGGCGAGCCUAUCAUUGUCGAUGGAGAAAUGGGAAAAAGAUAUGCGAAAAAUCCUAGAGAAACUGUACAAGAAUUAUUGAAAGUCAUUACUAGUUCCCUGUAUGCUGUGACCGAAAAUGCGCCGGAUUUCGACGUUUUAAUGACUAUUCAGGCGGCAAGAAGACUCUAUCAACCAACAAGAGGGAAGAUUCCUUUACCUACAGUGGUCGAUAUCAACAGAAGAUUAUUGCUCGGCUACUCAACUUAUAAGGAUGAUCCUCGUAUCAUUCAUUUGCAAAAAAUGGUCAACAGGUAUAACAACGCCUUGUACUCAUUGGGACUCAAGGAUCAUCAAGUCGCAGAGUUGAAAACGAAGAAGAGAGAAGUACUUAGAAGUUUGUUCGUUUUGGUUGAAAGAAUGAUAAGGCUUCUCAUUUUCUUUUGUUUGUCUCUACCGGGUUCCAUCCUAUUCACUCCAAUUUUUAUUAGUUGCAGCAUUUACGCCAAGAAGAAGGCAAAGGAAGGCUUGUCGAAGUCUUUGGUAAAGAUAAAAGGUACUGAUUUGAUUGCCACAUGGAAGCUAAUGUUUGCACUCGUAUUUGCCCCUCUUCUUUAUGUCACUUAUUCGUUGAUUUUGGUAUAUUUUCAUGCACGUCAUUACGAGUGGAUUUCCAAGAUUUAUGUUCCAUUUGACAACAAAUUUCUGCAGUUCUGCUACUAUUAUGGUCUUCUUGUGGCUGCCACAUAUUCAAGUUUGAAAACCGGAGAAAUAGGAAUGGAUUUGUUCAAGUCAUUACCACCUCUAUUCAUCACUCUCAUAUACCCAGGCAGGAAGAUUCAACAGUUGAAAAGCAUGCGUGAAAAACUGAGCCAAGAAAUAACAGCUGUGAUUAACGAGCUUGGUCCUAAACUUUUCCCCAAUUUUGACAAGAUUAUCAAAGCACAUUUCGAUAGCCAUGUUGAAGAAGUCAUAUCUGAAGCUGAAGAAGAGCUAACUGAUGAUAGCGCGGCGGUGUUCAGCAACUCGCGCAGUCGGUCAGGCUCUGUUCAUUCUGCAACUUCCACGAGCUCAAAUGCUUUGUCAAAGGUUAACUCAAGAGGUUCUUUGACCGAUGUGCCUAUCUUUGCCGAGGGAAAACAUACUUUGCAUCACAGUGAUGAUGAGAUAGAGUUGUCACCUGAAGACAAAGAGAACGAUUCUAAGAUCACUGCUAUGAUUAGAGAGAAAUGGGAGCGUGAGAAGAAAGAUUAA